AUGGUGUGGGGUCCGAUCAGUGAACUGUACGGUCGUCGGAUGGGAAUGCUGCCAGCGAUGUUUAUCCUUGGAAUUCUGAGUAUUGGAACACUCGUUAGCCAGAAUCCAGCCGGCAUCUUCCUCACCCACUUUUUAGGUGGUAUCUUCGCGACCGCUCCCAUUAGCAACGUCCUAGCAGGACUAGGAGAUCUCUUUGAUGCUACCACUCGUGGUAAUGCAAUGACGGUUGUCUCAACGUGUAUCUCUGGAGGCCCGACGAUCGGUCCUAUCAUUGGAGCUGCUCUCACGACGCAUCACCAUUUGGGAUGGUGGGGGACAGAGUAUCUCGAAGCUAUCCUGGCCCUCGUUUUGUACGCUCUGUCCCUCUAUGCCUCUUUCACCUCCAGCCUUGUUUAUCUCGCUCUCGAGGUCUUCCCCAUAGACUUCAGAGAGCAUCGUGAAUGGAGUCUCGUUGUGUCGACUCUGCCGUUCCUGUCAAUUUUGAUUAAAGUGCAAUUCUCCGUGAUUGUCGACUUUGCCAACCAGCCGCACUACAAGCGAGCCUUCGCAGCCAAUGGUAACGUGGCUGUCACCGAGGCGCAUCUACCGCCUAACAUUCUCGAGGCAAUCUUGCUUUCAGCUGAUCUGUUCUGGUUGGGUUGGAUGGCCGACCCAAAGUACACUUGGCUGUUUCCUUUCGUCGCAGGAGGUAGGAUGACGUGA